GUACAGGGAUGGAGACCGGCGGCAGCAGGGCGCGGCUUCCCUUUCCCGGGGCCUGGGGCCGCAAUCAGGUGGAGUCGAGAGGCCGGAGGAGGGGCAGGAGGAAGGGGUGCGGUCGCGAUCCAGGCCCGGAGCCAGCAAGGAGCAUCAGCGCCCGGGGCGAACACCUUCGCUCGCAGUUCACCCUCACACCAGUUUCCAGCCGCCGCGCUUCGGGAUUAGUGUGAUCUCAGCUCAAGGCAAAGGUGGGAUAUCAUGGCAUCUAUCUGGGUUGGACACCGAGGAACAAUAAGAGAUUAUCCAGACUUCAGCCCAUCAGUGGAUGCUGAAGCUAUUCGGAAAGCAAUCAGAGGAAUUGGCACUGAUGAGAAAAUGCUCAUCAGCAUUCUGACUGAGAGGUCAAAUGCACAGCGGCAGCUGAUUGUUAAGGAAUAUCAGGCAGCAUAUGGAAAGGAGCUGAAAGAUGACUUGAAGGGUGAUCUCUCUGGCCAUUUUGAGCAUCUCAUGGUGGCCCUAGUGACUCCACCAGCAGUCUUUGAUGCAAAGCAGCUAAAGAAAUCCAUGAAGGGUGCUGGAACAAAUGAAGAUGCCUUGACUGAAAUCUUAACUACCAGGACAAGCAGGCAAAUGAAGGAGAUCUCUCAAGCCUAUUAUACAGUAUACAAGAAGAGUCUUGGAGAUGACAUUAGUUCGGAAACAUCUGGUGACUUCCGGAAAGCUCUGUUGACUUUGGCAGAUGGCAGAAGAGAUGAAAGUCUGAAAGUGGAUGAGCAUCUGGCCAAAAAAGAUGCCCAGAUUCUCUAUAAAGCUGGUGAGAACAGAUGGGGCACGGAUGAAGACAAAUUCACUGAGAUCCUGUGUUUAAGGAGCUUUCCUCAACUAAAACUAACAUUUGAUGAAUACAGAAAUAUCAGCCAAAAGGACAUUGUGGACAGCAUAAAAGGAGAAUUAUCUGGGCAUUUUGAAGACUUACUGUUGGCCAUAGGUAAGCCUUCGAGUGCUAGUAAACUAAGUUACUCUGCACUUGGUGCUGGAACUGAUGAGUUUACUCUGAACCGAAUAAUGGUGUCCAGAUCAGAAAUUGACCUUUUGGACAUUCGAAUAGAGUUCAAGAAGCAUUAUGGCUAUUCCCUGUAUUCAGCAAUUAAAUCGGAUACUUCUGGAGACUAUGAAAUCACACUCUUAAAAAUCUGUGGUGGAGAUGACUGAACCAAGAAGAUAAUCUCCAAAGGUCCACGAUGGGCUUUCCCAACAGCUCCACCUUACUUCUUUCUCAUACUAUUUAAGAGAACAAGCAAAUGUAAACAGUAACCUGUGUUCCUAACAGGAAUUCUCAUUGUUCUAUAACAACAACAAAAACGAUUAUUAUUUUAGAGCAUCUCAUUUAUAAUGUAGCGGGUCAUAAAUGAAAUUUAAAAUGGUAUUAAGGAUCUGCAAAUCCUAUCCAACUUAUAUUUCUGCUUACAAAGUAAGAAUCUUUUUAUAGUUCUAAUCCAUUAAAUAUAAAGCAAGAUAAUAAAAAUUGUUGCUUUUGUUAAAAGUAA